AUGCAAUUUUCCAUGGCGGCGAAGCUGGACUACGUUGCCGGAACGUAUGGCGGACGACGUCGGCCGGCUCGAUUUCUGUGCCUUUUCCUGAAGCUCCUUCAGAUUCAGCCGGAGGAGGACGUUGUGCUGGAGUACAUCAAGCAGCCAGAGCUCAAGUACUUGCGAGCUCUCGGCUGCGCGUAUCUCCGCAUCACAGCCAGGUAUCCGACCAUCUUCCAGACCUUCGAGCCCCUGUUCGCCGACUAUCGAAAGCUGCGAUAUCGGGACAUGUACGGCAAGAUUUCCAUCAUUCACAUGGACGAGUUCGUAGACUGGCUGCUGCGUGAAGAGACCGUCUGCGACGUCACAAUGCCGCAGAUGCCGAAAAGGGAGAUUCUCGAGCAGACGGGAAUGCUGCCGCCCUACCAAAGUGUGUUAGAAGACGACCUGGAAGACUUAGAGGAUCUUGAAAGAUCUUUGCAGGAGCUCCAGGGCGCCAAGGACGCCAAGGACGCGGCCGGCAAGAAAGAGGAGGAGAAGCCGGCGGAGGAAGUGGUGCCACCAGCGGCCUCCAGCUCCCAAGUGGCUGAGCCAAGUAAGCCCAGGAAGGACCGAAGGGAGGAAGACGAUGCUUCCCGCGACGAUGGGCGUGGAGAUCGUGACCGCGAUGACCGCAGAGACCGGCGCGAUGAUGCGAGGAGAGACCGCGACCGGGAUCGUAGAGAUCGCAGGGACCGGGAGGAGGAAGCUGCCAAGAGGAAGCGUCACGAGGAUCGUGAAGAUCGAGAGGAACGAAGGGAAAAGCGUGACAAGAAGGACAAGGCCAACAGAGGAGAUGACGACAGGGCGAAGAAAGACAAGGCCAACAGAGGCGAUGACGACAGGGCGAAGAAAGACAAGGCGAAGACCAAGGAUGACGAGAGGAAGAGCAAGAAGACCAAGUACGCCAAUAAGGCUGACGAGGAGCGGGCCAGCGGCCAUGCCAAGAAAGACAAGGACGGCUUGUCUGUGGAAGAGUGGAACGAGAUCCGCAAGGAAAUGGGCCUGAAGCCACUCAAGUGA